AUGAAAAAGAAGAAGCAGAAGCAGAAGGUGAAGAUGAAUGUGUCGGACCCGAUCCCAUCUGAUCUCCUUAUGGAUAUAUUCUCUCGAGUCCCUGCAAAGUCAAUAUUUAGGUUUCGUUGCUUAUCUAAAUUCUGGAGAUCCACACUUGGCCUUCCUUAUUUCACUGAGUUGUUCCUCACCAAGUCCUUAGCUCGUCCACGGCUCUUGUUCGCCAUCCAAGUUGGUAAAGAGUUAUUAUUCUUCUCUUCACCUCAACCUCAAAAUCCAGCUGACAACUCCACUCUUGUAGCCACCCCUUAUAAUAUGAGUUUUCCCAGAAAAUAUCAAGUUGACAUCAGAACAACUCUCAGUGGACAGGUCUUUCUUUAUGAAUGGCAAAGAAAGGAGUGGCUGAUUUGCAACCCCGUCACUGGGGAGUCCAGUACCAUAACCUUACCAGAAGUGAAAGCUAAGGGUAGUGUAAGACGUUGCUAUGUUGGCUAUGAUCAGAUCAACAAACAAUUCAAAGUCUUGUGUACGACUUGGUCACAUAAUGGAGAAGCUAAUACUCAUCGAGUUUUGACAUUGGGGAGUAGUGGAAAACCUUUGUGGAGAUCGAUUGAAUGCAAUAUCAAUAUAUCUAGGCAUAAGGGAGCCCAUUACGUAGCUGGUGAAAUAUGCAUAAAUGGUGUUGUGUAUUGCGGAGCCCAUUACAUUGAAGGAUCUUGUAUGAUGGUUUGCUUUGACUUUUGCUCUGAGAUAUUCAGCUUUAUUAAGAUAGAUGAAGGAGUGCUACGUGGGACUCUGGUCAACUACAAAGGUAAGUUAGGGGUAUUAGGAAAAGAUAAGUAUCAACUUAUGUUGUGGGUUCUUGAAGAAGAUGCUGGAAAACAUAAAUGGUCCAAGAGUCUAUGCGUAGGGUCUCGCAUAAGAUUAUUCGAGAGGAUCGGGGACAACUUUCACAUUCUUGGAAUGACUGGUGCAGGUGAAAUUGUGUUAAGGCCCCACCGAUCAAAACAUUUCUACAUUGUCUACUACAAUAUCGAGAGGGACACAUUUACAAGAGUCAAUAUUCAGGGAUUCGAACAGUUUAAGGAUCCAAAUAUCACUCCUCGCACCUUUCUAGACUAUGUAGAGAAUAUCAAGCUUUUGUAA